AUGGGAUCUGUUGGAGACACCACAACCAUAUGUUCCUGUCUCGACGAGAGGUUGGAACUCAUUCCAGAUAACAUCGAUACGGAUGAUGCCGAAGCCAUUAGCGACACCCUGGAGGAUCUCAUUACUGACAAUUCCACUGUUUCCACAACAACCUGCUCACCCUCAAGUACUGGUACCACUAUUGGGUACUCCGUCACUGGGUCAACAACCGCAGUUACUAGCUUAACCUCAACAAGUGAUACUCAAAUACUAUGUCCUUCCGGUACUUGCGAAAAGUUGGGAGUGGUGGCCACGAUCGAGCAUUGUGCCUUGAUCUCAAAGGAUAUUACCACUAUUCUGCCAGCUGAGAGUUGUGGAAUUGCGACAAGUAGUGGGCCCGCAAGACCGACACAGCCUGCCUCUAAGACAAGUGUCUCUAGCGGUAAAGAUGAGAGAAUGAUGAUUAGUUCGCUGAUUGCAUAUGCUUUUCAGGACCUUUCUCCCCCUUAUAGCAGCUAUGUCAAGAGCUUGGCGCCAAUUUGGAUUGACCAGCUUGGACUAGUGUCUGCACAGUGGUUUGACUAUCCAUCAUUUGGUCACUCAGCUGUAGGGGUGAAGGGCAUUUACGGAUGCACAGCAGUGAUCAUUGCAUCCGAAAAGGGUGUGUACAUUUCGCACAUUUGGGAGAGCCCUGUGUUCGUUGAUCAGGCUUUCAAUCCAACCGAUGACAGUUUUUUCACGAUAAAUGCGUUCAAUUCCCUCCGAGAUGGAACAGUAUAUGCACAAAGUGUAACUGAUCUAAUUGGGACUGACCAGAAUCCCGGUGUCUUAAAUGCAAUCUACGCACCCAAAAUAUUCGUCCUCACGCCCUUCGCUACAGAUUGGGAUCGACGGAACUUUGGCAUUUCCACCACACUCAGAUAUCAAACGCGUGCCCAAGAGCUCGCGCAGAAGGUAGCAAGCAUUGUUCCUGGUGCCGGCGGAAAUGGUAUCAUCCUGGGUUAUACACGUACGAGUCGGCAGGCAUCGAGUCAGGAACCAGGCAUUGCAGGAAGAGCCAUUUUGGAGAUUGACCCUUCGUACACAAGGCUCACUACACCCUACGACUCGAAAUCUACGGGCCUGCAAAUUGGUCGUUGGCGUCUGUGGGUAGAGGAUCAGUUGAUUACUUACCAAGAUUUCUGGCUUCCUCGUAUUACAGCUCCUGGGGGCACUUCCCGACGAGAUGGCUACGGCAACUCGUGUAGGAGAUAG